AUGAAAUAUCGACCAAUAUCGGACAAACGAUUCGUUGUGGCGAACAAAAUAUAUUCUACACCAGUAUUCAUCACACACGGUCCUGCACUAAUCACUAAGGUGUUAGGUAUGGACUCAUGCCCCACCGACUUAAUCAAACGGUAUAAUAGUUAUUACGCUCGGUGCAACGCCGGAAGCGAUAACCACUGCAAUUUGUCCCACAGUUGUAGACGCUGUAACAAUCAGUCGACGUACGAUGGACGGUCGCGGAGGCCAGGGUUCCAGGUUCAGAACGCCGUGCAAUCCACCCAAUCUGUGCGUUCUGCUUGUCCGUACCGACCCGAACAGCCGAAAAGACUGGACAGAUCGGUGGAUCUGUUGACAAAUUUCAGAUUAGCCGUGUCUAACCGACCAGGAUCAUCACGCAGUCCUCGGAACCGGCGCAGCACUUAUAACGUACAGACGCCAUCAAGCGACGAUCAAAACCCCCAGCAAAUCACUUAUGACGUGGAACCGGAGUCGCAAAACAAUCGAGGUGGCAUUUAUGACGUGUCUCACUCGUACAUCACACAUCAGCAAAACAACCGGAGGGGCAUUUACGGUGUGUCGCAACCGUGCACUGCACUCCAAAGAAAUACUUGUAAUGACGUGCAACCACWUCCAUCACGAGCAUCCAAUUUUAAAGACUCGGAGGCUCUAAAGGCUUUCACGAUGAUCGGCACCUUUCAGCUCCUUGACGGAUUCCAAGGACUGUCACCUGUGCGGCAGCCACCGCGUGGCCGGUCAUCGUCCUACAGUAGGUUGCACGACACUGACGGUGACAUCGACGAUUACCUCGACAACCAUCUGAACUACGACAUGGUGGCGCCAAGGGCUGUGGCCCUGCCCGGUCAGCCGUACGUUCACAUCGACGAGUCGGACGUUAACACGACCCCCGACAUUUGGGGCCUGACAUUGAACAACCACAGCUCAAUUGACUUGCAAGGAUUGGGCAUCCCGAGUCCCGCGACGUACGACGACUACAGCAGUUCACGAGACACGUCGGGACGGCGUCAGUGGUCGUCGUCGGACAACCGCCAAUUAAUGUCGUUUGGCCUCAACGAUUCGUUCGGCAUAAGCCGCCGCCGCAAGUCCUCGCCACCCGAACACCAGUCAAGGACAAGGCCUGCAGCUCCAGAGUGUGACUCAUCGUCCCGUAGCAGAAGUAGAUGUGACACUUGA